GACGCCUGGUGUCAGGGCACACCAUCAUGUGAUGGAACGUUGUGUUUUUCUGGUUCUCUGAGUGUUCUAUAUCUAAUCCCCCAGAGGCUGGGAUCAUGCUGCUGGUCCUGAGUGACGAGCACCGCGAGCACCUGCGGAUUCUGACCCAGGUGGACCCCUCUGGUGAGUCACAUGACAGCAGGAAGCACAGUCCUUAUUUACAUACACUGUACUGCUCUAUAGCACCAGCCAGGAGGUCUCACACAAAACAUGUAUGCUGAUAUAUCAGGAUCAACAAAACUAUAAACAAUAUAAAUACAUUGUAUCAGCUGGAGAAGCUGCAAGUAAUAGAUGAGCUGUAUUAUAUUGGCUAUAGAACAGCAUUGUACUGUGUUUCUUUUAAAGUCUCUCUACAUGAAAGUGCUGGCACAUUUACCCUAUUGAAAGACCUGCUUUCACUAUACCCUUUUCUGGUUUGAUCUGCCUUCAGAAAUUUAUGUUUUAGAGCAUCUUGAAAAUAAGGGUCCAUUAAACUGUAAUAAUAGAUUUUGUGGUUUGCAUCGGCGUUGCUAGUGCUGGAAUUCAACGUAUCAGUCACUACCUGACCGUCACCUCCAUCGGCUGGUGUUUAUAUUUCGUGUGGCAAGUGCCAGUUUUAUAUUGGCUCGUUUGCUUUAAGUGCCCAAACACUAGCACUAAUACGAGUUUAUUCUCAAAAAAGUGUGAAUUGUCAGGAUUUUAAAGGGAUUUUUUUUUUUUUUGCAUAAAACAUGAAUUUUACUUUGAAUUCCCAACAAUUCACGCUUUAAAUGAGCUCUGUAGUGUUAGGAAUACAAGGGUGUACUGCUAACACAAUAGUGUCCCUCUACCCCCUCCCCUCGCAGUCCUAUUGGCAUUCUAUAUGUCCAUCCUAAAAUUAACGCUCAAGGAGCGUUUUAAAAUAUAUUUUAGUCUCCUCAAUCCGAGUUGGGCAAAGCUUCCCGGCACUGCUCGGCGCAUCCCUGUGUGAUGUCAUUGGAGCAGUUCUGAGGUCUAUUCAAAUGAGAUUUUGCGCUCUUGCAGCUCGAAAGAAGAGGGUGAGGAAGUACAUUGAGCAUGAGGAUAAAAUUGAAAAAAAAAAAAAAAUGAUGGGAUUGGGAGGAGAGACAAGAGCUUCUUCCUUGCAAGCUCUGCCUGUUAUGUCUGCUGGCAGUGUGCAGUGCACGCUGACAACAGACGUAUAUUUUGCACAGAAUUGACAUGAGCGGAACAGAAGGCAAAAUACAUGGGUGGAGGGAUCAAACUCUACCAAGUGUUCUUGCUGUUCAAAAUGACUGUGUGCUGGGUGAGUAAAUUUUCAUGUAAAUAUGUUUAGAAUUACACCAUGCCGACUGGCAUUCAAUUAUAUUCUUCACCUCCUCAAGCCAGGUGAAGGCUGGCUUGUCUAUCAGGUAUUUAAAAGGACACACUACUAUGUGCCCUCAAAAAUACAAAUCACUGUUUAGUAGAUGUACCCUAAAUAAAAACAUGCUUGAAUUUAAUUAUGCAUUUUUUUCAUUGAGGUAUAUUUAACCCCUUGAGGACCAAACUACUGGAAUAAAAGGGAAUCAUGACAUGUCAUGUGUCCUUAAGGGGUUGAACAGCUUGUAAAAACAAAGAUCUUUUGACUGCAGCCUUUGCAAGCCCUUCUCUUAAUGUCUAGCUCAGACUUUCCUUGCAGCUCACUGUGAAGUCUUUGCAAGGUAGUUGCUCUGGGCAUUUGAUCGCUCUUGAGUUGAACGCCACCGAGCUUACCAAACCAGGAAGUAACAGGACCUGUUACCUGAUUGACAACCAGGACGAUUGUAACAAGGCUAAUUUUAUAAAAGUGAUCAUUUCUAUUAAAAUCUUGUCCUUAACAAUUUGUAAUAAAGAUUAAAAAAAAGAAAAGAAAUAUUCACUUUUUGUAAAAUAAAAAAGAGUGAGCUUGCAUAUAUAUGAGGUUCUAUCUUUUUCAUGGUUCACCAGCAGUGACAGCUUAUUACACCUUUAAAUAUGCAUUACAUUUAGGGAAUUAGGAGCAAUUCUCCAGCCCCAACAUAUUUACCACUCUGUUACUCAUUAUGUAGCUCCAUUAUGACUACCACUUUCACCUCAUACUUUGAAGUUCUCCUCUGAAGUUCCUCUGUUAGUUUACCCUCCCCUUGAGAGUCAGUGCAUUUAUCCACCUCUUAUUCCUUUUUGGAUAUCCAUUGAUAGUGCCUUUUCUCUUUUGAGCUAUAAUAAAGUAUCUGUACAUUUAAAUUUUAUGGCACUCUUUGGAACCAGUAUACUUCUAUUUGUUAUAUGAAUAAAUUUAAUUUAUUAGUACUCAGUGCUGACUUUUAAAUCAUAAUAUGCAUUAGGUAUUUUUCUAUACUCUAAUUUCUUAAAAAACAGUUCUGAGUUUCAUUUUUUUUUUUUUUAAACUCUUAGUAUUCCUUAUUCUCUAAUAUGAUGAAAUGGAAAACUGAGCUACUCCGCAAAUCACUCUGCUGAAAAUGUUUCUUUCUAAUGUUACAUU